AUGAUGAUCCAUGGAAAAGAGGAAACAGUCGAAGUUUUGGGCCGGGAUCCUUCAUCAAAGAAAGAUGAGGCAUCAGAAGAAACAAUUAACCAACCAGUGAAUGUGGGAAUAAUGGAACAACGUUCACCACCUUAUCUCCCAGCACAGACAGUCAAUUCAGGAGCAAUUUCUGGGAAAUUUCACGACAGAUAUUAUCUGGAUUGCCCUUCAGGCUGUCUGUCGCAGGAAUACUCUGCUCCAAGGUAUACACCCCAAGAAGACAUUCGUCAGGGGCAUCUUCCGAAUGUACCGUGUCAAGCCUUCACAGGGCCUUCCCCCACAUCUCUGGAUGAUGCACCCCCAGAGUACCAAAACGAAUUUGCCAAUGAAACAGAAAAGAACUUCUCAGACAAAAUCAUAAGGAGGGCUUUCAUUAGAAAGGUGUUUCUCACAUUAAUGGUUCAAUUGUUGAUGACCACAGCAAUAAUCUGCAUGUUUCUUUAUUGGCCAGCCCUAAAUUUAUGGGUAGCCCAAACUUAUUGGUUUACAUAUGCCUUAAUCCCUGCCAUCUUUGUUUUAAUCAUUAUCUUGUCAUGCUGUGAAGGGGUACGACGCAAAACUCCAUGGAACUUUGUGCUUCUUUUUUUAUUUACCAUUCUGGAAGGCUUGAUGUUGGGAGCAGUUUCAGUUUUCUAUGGUGCUGAUGCAGUGAUGUGGGCUGUUGGUGCUACUACAUUUGUAGCAUUUGGACUGACACUAUUUGCUCUGCAAACCAAGUGGGAUUUCACCAAGGGAACUGGAAUUUUGUUCGUGAUACUACUGGUGCUUUUGGCAUUUGGAAUUUUGUGUGCCAUAAUACGAUCAUAUUGGCUCCAGAUAAUUUAUGCCUCUUUAGGAACACUGGUCUUCUCGGCUUACCUGGUGAUUGACGUACAAUUAAUGCUGGGAGGAAAGCACAGAUACAGCCUCAACCCUGAGGAAUACAUUUUUGCAGCCCUGAAUCUUUAUCUUGACAUUAUAAAUCUCUUCCUCUUCAUACUUCAGAUCAUUGGCCUGAGUCGUUAAGAUAUAAAAAGUGAAUUAUGCAAAUUUAUUUAAUUAUUGAUCAUUAAUGCAUUCUUGUAGAAAUCUUUUAUUUCAGACAAAGAAGUCCAGUAAAUAAUCAAUGAAAAGCAGAACAACAAAGUGUAAACUUAGAAGCUAAAUGUCAUUACCCAAUAUUAAUGGUUAUAAUUUUGAAAUGUCAUUAUGCAGCAGAAAUUACAAAAAUAACUUGUGGUCUUGGAAAGCUAAUUCUCCACAAAACAAUAAAAAGGCAUGUAAAAGGUCAAAGUACCAGCUAAACCCUAAAUACCCUGUAUUAGAACUGAUGGUUCAAUCCUGUUUACUAAUUAAUAAUAUCGCAAAUUAGCAUUAAAAUGUAACAGUUGCAAAUAUGAAAAGUGCCUCAGUAUGAUAGUUUGUGAACUGUGAAAGUUUUGUAAAAGUGGGCAUAUUUUCAAAAUAAAGUGUUU